AUGUUCAAGUUCGGUCGGCCGCCAUCGCACGCCGUGUCUUCGCUAACCCUGAUCUCCGGCACCACGUUAGAGUGCCGAGUAAUACCAACGAUCAGGGCUGGAAAAGUAUCGAUCGGCCGGCCNCCGCCGCAGGUCAAGAGGUCGGCGCCCAAGUUUCUCUUGGACAUAUACAAGAACGCUCUUGGCGAGGACGAGGACGAGAAGCCGAUCGGCGAGCAGCAACGUAGGGCCGGCGAGUUCGACCUCACCGGUCAGGAUCUCAGGGCCAUCGACCAGAGCGACGUCAUCAUGACCUUUGCCGCGCACAAUCAUCACGUUGCCGGAGUGAGGCACGAGCGCGGCAAAAGGCUCUGGUUUGACGUCUCCGAGGUACCACCCGGGGAACACAUAAUCGGUGCAGAGCUCAGGCUCUAUCGCAGCAUGGACGUGAAGAAUCGGAGGAAUCGUGGAUCGUACAUGAUCACGGCCUACCGGGUAUUGAGAACCGAAGACGGAACAAGGGAGUUGCAAUACGUAGACGCAGUGAACACGACGACAGGAAAGGAAGGGUGGUUGACUUUAAAUAUUAGCGAAUCCCUCUCCCAUUGGGUGAAUAAUCCUGAUGGAAACAAGGGAUUAUAUCUGUCGGUACAUCCCGCGGAUCGUUCUGUGCACGAGAUGAGACCGGAAGACAUCGGGAUCCUCGCGUUCAGAGGCGAUCCCGACAAGCAACCAUUCAUGGUUGGUUACUUCAAGAGUUCCGGCAUCAGAGAGUCGAAGGUGCGACAGAAACGGGAUGCCAGGAGAAGAAAGAAGAGCGAGUCAUCGAGCCUGGAUUAUCGGAACAAUCCGUACACCGAUCCCGGUACGCAGUACAACUCGAGGACCUGCAAAAUCCAAACGUUGUACGUGAGCUUCAGGGAUCUGAAGUGGCAGGACUGGAUCAUAGCACCGGACGGAUACGACGCAUAUUAUUGCAGCGGGGAAUGCAAUUUCCCUUUGAACGCCCAUAUGAACGCGACCAAUCACGCGAUCGUCCAAACGUUGGUGCACCUGGUCAGCCCUGGUAAGGUACCAAAGCCUUGCUGCGCCCCUACCAAGCUCUCGCCGAUCUCAGUGCUGUAUUUCCUCGACGAAAGCAACGUUAUACUGAAGAAGUACAAAAACAUGGUCGUGAAGAGCUGCGGUUGCCAUUGAUCGGCCGGGAUUACAGGCACGUGUGCACGAGUUUCCAGCUGAACCGCGAAUCUCAGCGACACCGCGCACCUCAAUCUCCACGGUAGAAUCGGCCGAC